AGAGAUGUAGUGUAGUGCAUCCAGUGAAUGCUGAUUAUGUUGAUGUUGCAGGAGUUUACCUGUGUCAGUUUUCUGAUUUACUUCAAAUCGGCCCCAUCGAGCCUGGGUCUACAGGAAACAUCAUCAUAUUUAAAGUUAUGAAGGGUAAAGUGAAGAGUGUACAUGACUGUAUGUCCAUAAGUAUGGAUCCUACACCUAAAUUUGACAGCCACUUCUCCAAGAACUCAACCAGAGUGACGUCCUUACAGUCGUACAGGGCAUUCGAGUACACUCAGCAAUACUUCUACGAGUAUGUGGAUUUCGAGGUUUCGUCCAGGCCGAGACACGUGUGUCCGUAUGCGGUGGUCUCUUUUUACUUUAAAGGCAAAGAGGCGUCAACUGUGGCCCCCAAACCGCUGCCUCCUCUCAGGUCCAACAGCCAGCCAUCAGGGACGAGCAAAGGCAGGCGCUGUUUUACGGUAUGGCGGGGACAUUUUUUGAAUGGGGGGAAAGACGUAUACCAGGCCAGCCUUCGCUCGCUCUCUCUACCUUUCCUGCCCUACAAACUGCCAGAGAAGAUUGAGAUGGGUAAAGUCAUGAGCUUGCAGCAGGUCAAGCAGAAGAUCCCAUCUGCCCUCUUCUCCUGGAGUCUCUACACAGGCAGCCAUGAAGUGUCCAAAAGUGGCAUGUUCUGCAGUCUGUUUGACGUGGUGGAGAAAGACAAAGCUUUUCCGAGCUUGACAGCAUUGCUGCAGAAACUGGAGGAGGAGGGUCUGGUGCUGGUGAAUAUGGUGAAGGACAGAGGUUUCCUCUUCUUGCUUUCUGCCAGUCAAAUGGCCAACUCAAGCGAGCGACAAGGUGGUUGGAAAAUGUCCUCAAUACAAGCACUUUUUAUUUACCAUGAGAAGCGUGACUUGUUAAAGAUCUCAUCAAAUCCUUCUAAGAGCUGCAGACCUGUGUCAUCACAGCAUCACAGUCCCAUCAUGCCCCAGCAUGAUUCGUUCAUCUCCGCUCUUCACUACACCCUCAACAAGGCUCGCGGUGACCCUCCUGCUGAUCUCAGCGCCACCAUAGAGCAGCAGGUUUACGACUACCUCACUAGCCUUCGUGAAGGCCAAUCUCCGCAGCGCAUCCGGACUGACUAUGACCCCAAACUGGACGUCAGGGACAAGCUCUUUCCGGCACCCAGGCAGAAGACCAACUGGGAGAGCUUCGUGCGGCCCUACAUCUACAAACCAGCCGUGUUUACUAUGCUUCUGGAGAACGUGAAGAAGAAGGUGGAGGAGCUCCGGGUUCAGACUGAGAGAGCAGCCCCUCAUAAUGACCCGGUGAAAGUCAAAGAGCUGCUGAAGCUCAUCCAGCUGAACAAGAAGAGCUCGAAGGGAAAGGCGGGAGAUCCAGAGGCGUCGGGGGACACCUACACACUGAAGAGGAAGGUGGAUCUCGUCACUCAUGAAGGAAGCUCAAAACGCCAGAGAAAUCAGCCCAACGAAGAACUAAGAGAAGCGGAUGAGAGACAGUCCUCUCCAUCUCUAGCCAAUGUUCUGAGCAGCGUCAGCCUUCAGGACACAGACCUGAGGAAGGACAAAACUCAGGGAGCGCUGAAGAUCAUGGAGAUCCUGGACGGCUUUGGAAAGACGAGUCUUGACACAGACCUGCGCAGAGACAAGACCCAUGGGGCGCUGGAGGUCAUAAGGCUGAUAGACAACAUGACCAGAAGCGCCGCAGAGUCACCUGACGACACAGAGAUGAAGGAUGACACCGCUCUUUUGAACAGCAUGGUAAGACUCGGCCUUCCGACUGACCGUGACAUUGACUUAAGGAAGAGUUUUGUGGAGGAUGAACCCGAGAGGACCGACUGUCUGGAGAAAAAGCGUGCAACAGACUACAUAGAGAAGACUCGGGUGAAGAGAGGGAAGGUGGGUGAGAGUUUGCAGCAGAAAGGGAAUCUCAUGCAGGAGGAGACCGCUGGUAGUUUGAGUAGUUUAGAAGCAUUUAGCCCUUAUUCAGAUUCUGGAGGACAGCAGCGUGGCAUUAACCUGCUCGGAGAAAAGACCAUUCCAUGGGUCCUGAUACCCAUCACAGGUCUGAAAACGGAGAGAUAUUCCCAGAGACAGAUGGACUAUCCUGAAGAUCCACGCUUCGUUCAGAACCCAACCGUGUCUACACAUGCCACACCUGACACAAAGGACCUGUCCCCUCCCUACCAGCCAGACAGCAGCAGCACAGCGGUGGAUCUGGAUGUGCAGACGGCAGCAGAGGUUGAGGAUGAAGAGCUCGUCGCUCCGGCUCUGAACACAGAGUGUCCUGCAGACGGCAGCAGCUUUGACCACAUAGUCGAUGAGCUCGUCUCUGGCUUCUCUAGUGAGGUGGAGCAGCUCUUGAGGGCCAAACGUAUUUAUUUUUCUUGCUCCAACACUCGAGGCUCACGAGAACCUCUCCAGACUCCAGCUGUGCCACUUUCCAAUUACGUGUCAAACUACAACACUCCGUUUCCCAUCAGUAACUACAUCAGCUCUUUCCACGACAGCCUGAUGAUGUUCAUAGACCCUCAGCAUGUCAGUCGAUACCACAGAGCUCAGGAUGAUGUGACUUCCUCCUCGUCUGCUGCAGAAGUUCCUUCAGAUGUCCCUGAUACAUCCUCCAGCUUUAAUCCGUGUGCUUCCUCGUCUUCAACCUCUAAACCCAGCAGCACCUUUGAAUCAUCUCUGAGACCAUGUUCCCCUUCUAGUGCCCUGCCUGAGCCAAUGCCUCCGCCACAACAUCACUCAAGCUUACCCGACCCUGAUCUCCAGCAUCAGAUGUGGGCACUGGAGCAGGACUCGGUGACCCAGAAGACACGGGAAGCCAACAUCCCUCAUGAUGAGAUGAAUGGGAGUCUGGUUGCUGAGACUACGGGAGCUGUGGAGGGUCAAACGGACGCCUCGAUGGGACACACUCAUUCUGCCAUCAGCAGUAUCAUCGAUCAGCUGCAGCCCGAAGUGAUCAGUAACCUGGUGGAGAUCAUCAAAGGAGUUCAGAAGAACAUCGUCUACUUCUACAUCCAUUCCACGGAUGAGGAGGAGAGUGACGUCUGCUGGGAGAUUAAGGAAUAUUUGAAAAAGUUGGGGGAUUUGGAGUGUAAUCCUCAUGGUUUCCUUGAGAAAAGCGGUAGUCUAGACAAACUGCUGGUCAUCAUUCAGAAUAUGGACAUCGCCACACAGGUUCACAAGAUACCUUCUCUGGUUUUCUUGAAGAAGCAUCCGUCUGUGAGCUUUGCUGGCGUAGACAACCUGAGUGACAUCCAGAACCACACCUACAACGAGCUCUUUCAGUCCGGAGGCUUCAUCGUCUCAGACGAGCAGGUCCUGAACCCAGCGGUCAUCACGGCAGAGAAACUUCAAGAUAUCCUUGAGUACAUUGAGCAGCUCAACUGUCCUCAGAGCCCCUGGAGGUGGAGGGUGCACUUCAAAUCACACAAGAAACUCCGAGAGCACCGCAGGCUCAAACCUGAUGCUUUGAACCUAUUCGAGAUCCUCAAUGAAUAUGAGAAGAGACACAUCGUUGAGAUCCUGUCGUACCACGACUGUGACACUCCGUCACGUCAAGCGCCUGACCUUGACUGUCUAGUGGAUCUGCAAGCCAGAUUCAUCAAACAGCGACACCUGAUAUUUCUGACAGGCUGCCAGUUUGAGAUGUUUCCCCACUACUCCAGCAGUGGCAUCGUUAUUGCCAACGUUGAUGACAUAAAGUUUAUAAUAAGCAGUUUAGCUGGUGGAGGACAUGUGGACAGCGCUCCAUCAGCAGAGACUUACGCCACUCCUGCUCCAGCGUCAUUGAGAGACGAUAGCAUGUCCUUGGACUCGGACCUGGGUUCUCCAGAUCACAGUGUCUCUGUCACAACUGAGACGAGCCACCCGUCUGCACUCGGGACGGAUCCGUGCCCGCCGCUCUCUGAACCUUCUCUCCGAGACCAAGCGAUUGCAAUUCCUGUGCUCACAACAACCAGCCAGAUGCCAAAAGAAUUAGACUUUGUAGCUCUCAGUGAAGCGAUUUCUCAGUUCAAGGCUUCCAAGAUGCUGUCCAAGUCUGACGCCGGUGAAACUCUACAAACGGCUUUUGGAGUUGAUCCUCACCAGAGCUUCCUCAGUCACAGCGAUCUGUCAGAUUCCUAUCCUCAGUACUCCUCGGAAAACCACAGUCUGUCAGCUACUCCACCUGAGACUCCAGUCUCUUGUACGUCAAUCAAAACGGAGUCAGCGGUCACAACAACAGCUGGGGCUCCACUGAGCAGUUCUUCUGCAGUCGGAGCCAGUCGUGAAGUGGUCCACUAUGGAGAAAAGGACACAUCUGCAGCUGUGCCUAAAAACACCGGCAAUAUAGUGAAUACUUCUAAAGCUUGGGAGCAAUCGAGCACAAGCUCCGCAGACACUCGGUCAGGCACGACUAAUGCUGGGAGUGGUCAAACGUCCAAUGAAAACGGAGGUUCAGAGAAGCCUGCAGUGGACCGUGCGAGUUCCUCUGAACCAGCGGUCAGUGGUUUCCUUCCCAGACACGGCAUGGACUGUUUUUAUCCAGCGCUGCAGGGCAGCGGCCUCAUGUUGGCUCCGCACGGUUCCCUGGGUCUGAGCGGCCCUAGACUCAUAUCUCACAAUGGUGCUAUUGGACUUGCACAUCCUCUCCUGAACUGCACCGUUUCCAACAGCCUGGGAGUUGUGGCACCUCCGGUCUUGAGAGGAUUCCUCCCGAAUCCUAGCGUGCAGAUGUCGUGGAACAAUUUAGUUCAAGGUUCGGCAUCGGGGCUGUGGGGUGCUGGCUACGGCAUGGAUGUGCAGCAGAUCCACAGGUCUCCAUUCAUCCAGAGCUGGCAGGGAAAUCCUGCGUUCCAGGGGGACAGCUAUUGUCCCAAUAGAGGAGGAUUUGGUGGCUGGUGAGCCAGUAAUGUGUUUAUAGUUUUCAAACUCAUGUUUACAACUCCGUCUCAGUGCAACUUUUGUAUAAUAGUAGAGAAAUUAAACAUGUCUAGGUUUUCACCGAAAGUGAAUUAAAAAAAAAAAGGGAUUAAUUUCAUAUUUUCCAGAGAACAUUAUAUUUUUAUUUUGCAUGUUGGUCAGACUGAUAAUGUUGGUUAUUUUCCCCUUGUGAAAAAGCUCAAGGCCUUGGUUUUAAUAUUAUUUUUAUAAAGCCGAUAAUAUACAUUAAAC